CGUGCUGGCCCAGAUAAAAAAAUUAAGGUCGGAGGCUCGGAGCCCGUGUUCUUUCGGGCGGGGUCUGGCGGUCACAUGAUCACCACGUGUUUUGGUACAUCUAGUUUCAGCGCCGGCGGCAUUUCUCCCCUAAACCCUGAACCAGAGAUCAUCUGAUCGACGACGACGACGACGACAUGGGAGUUGAGAAGCAAAUUCUGAGACAAGGAACCGGUCCGAAACCGAUUCGCGGUCAGAACGUCACCGUCCACUGCACCGGAUACGGAAAAAACGGCGAUCUCUCCCAGAAAUUCUGGAGCACAAAAGAUCCUGGACAGCAGCCUUUUUCCUUUAAAAUUGGUCUAGGAAGUGUUAUCAAAGGGUGGGAUGAAGGUGUUCUGACAAUGCAAGUAGGAGAAGUUGCGCGCUUAACGUGCACCCCGGACUAUGGCUAUGGUGCUGGUGGAUUUCCAGCUUGGGGCAUUCAGCCCAACUCUGUUCUCGUCUUCGAGAUCGAAGUCCUGGGUGCCCAAUAAAUUCUACUGCUUGGUUUCCUUUUUUUUUACCACUACUCUAGUAAUUUAACUUGGAAAAUCAUCUGUUUUUUUCAACUGUGUUACAAUAAACCAGACAAUGGAGUUCAUCAAAAUGAUCAUGAGACACGUGUUUUAACUUGUUGGGUGUGGUUGAUAAUUGGUACUUAGUUUUAAUUAAUCAUGAUUAAGACAUGUUGCAGUUAUGG